AGGAAGUAACGCAGAGGACUGUGCGGUGGCCGUCAUCAACACAGUCACGUUUGUUGAUGUUUAUGUCUCUGCCCUGAGUUAGGUUGUACGAAGAAACCAGUGUCAAUCUAAUUUGAAAGCACUGUUUUCAGUUGGACGUCGUGACAUUUCAAGACUAUGGCGGACGGUCAAGAGGCUGAUGUCGACGACCCGCCCAGUAUCAAUUUCCCACCGCUCAUCACUGUGUCUGAUCUGCCAAAUGCCACUGCUGCAGGUCGUAAUCUGAAAGAAUGGCUCCAGGAGCAGUUUUGCGACAAACCUCUGGAGCAGGACGACAUGCGGCUCCACAACGCAGCCUACGUCGGAGAUCUGGACACCCUGAGGAACCUGCUGCAGGAAGACAGCUUCAGACGGCGUAUCAAUGAGAAGUCUGUGUGGUGUUGUGGCUGUCUGCCCUGUACCCCUCUGCGGAUCGCCGCCACAGCGGGACACGCCGCCUCUGUGGCCUAUCUGAUCGCACAGGGAGCCGAAGUGGACCUGGUUGAUGUGAAAGGUCAAACGGCCCUCUAUGUAGCUGUGGUUAAUGGUCACCUGGACUGUGUCAGGAUCCUCCUCGAAGCUGGAGCUGAUCCAAAUGGAAGUCGCCACCACCGCAGCACCCCACUGUAUCAUGCAGCACGGGUGGGACGGCUGGACAUACUGCAGGAGCUCAUCAGGUUCCGUGCUGAUGUAGACAUGGACCACCAGCUGGGACCCCGACUCCUCUUAAGCGCCCGCACACUCAACACCCUGGUGGUGUGUCCACUUUACAUCAGUGCUGCCUACCACCACCUCUCCUGUUUCCGGCUGCUGUUGCAGGCUGGAGCUCAGCCUGAUUUCAACUACACAGGGCCCGUCUGCCAUGAGGCUCUGACUCGCGGCCUGGCUUCCUGCCUGCUCGAUGCUGUGCUGAGACACGGAUGUGAGGAGGCCUUCAUCCACCUGCUGCUGGACCACGGGGCCAACCCGGCCUUCGUGCCCUGGGACGAGGUGGAACUGGAGGCUCCUAAUCGGAGGAAGGUGGAUCAAGAGGCACUUAAGGUCUUCUUGGAGGCAAGGAAAAGCCCGCGUAGGCUCACACACCUGUGUCGCAUCAGGAUCCGCAGAACGCUGGGCAAAAGUCGUUUUAACCAGAUAACCUCAUUACCACUACCACAGCCCAUCAAGAACUUCCUUCUUCACCAGAACUGAAAACCAUCCGCCUCCUUCUACAAAGCUCUCCAACCCAAACCUUCGAAAACACCCGAGGCUAGAGCAUUUUUAUUAUUUUCUGCAAGUUGAUGAUUAUUUUGAAGAGUUUGAAGUUUGAACCAAUAGGAGAAGCCUUAGAAAGUCUUCUAAAUGUUUGCCUUGUAACUUCCUAAAUCGCCAAGAUGUGUUCUGCUCGUAGCACUUUUCAGCUAAAAAGCCAUAUCGUGAACAACAUUCAUUUUGAAGCAAAACUUAAACAGGUCAUGUAUAAAAUAUCCUCUUCGAAAGCAGAGAAACAACAAGUCAAAUCUGACUCAAAUCUGAUUUUAGGCCUUUUACCAUCUCCCAAGUUAAUGGGACUAAAUGUGCAGCAUGUUAGAUUAGAAGAAAACUUUAUUCAUCCCCAACGGGGAAACUCAUUUCCACCUUUUUGCCAAAUGUUCUCAAGUUCCCAGAAAAAAAAGAGUCUCCUAUAGAUUUAAUUUAAUCUGUAAUGUAAUUUUGCUUCUUCUGAUGCAUCAAGCACUUUCAAUUAACAGGAAGAAAAAAUGCUGAAACGUGGGUUAGCAAACACUGGCGGUCUGUGUUCACAGUUGUCCAAGGUGGUUGUAGAUCUUUUUUUUUAGCCGUAUGCCUUAACAGUGAGAUUAGGAAAAUGGCCUCAUAGAUUGGUCAAACCUGAAAUUAUUGCUAAAGGUCUGAAUGUAUUGAAGCAGAAAAAAUGGAAAAGUUUUCAUGUCAUCGAUACAAACUGAAACGCUUCCAGUUUGAGAGAAGUUUACAUGGUUGUACUAAUGCACGUCGACCUAUGAAAGAGACUUUGUAGAAAACAUGUACCGCCUACUUGUAUUUAAGACAACUUCCUGUUAUUGAAACAUAUUUAAAAUGAUAAUGCUACAUGAUGUAUUUAUGAUCUAUUUAGAGUAUAUUGCACCAAAGUCUUCUGUGCAUGUCUGUUGCAGAGCUUUGCUACUGUGCCUACAUUUUAUAGGUCAACAUGACAUGUCAGUGUGUUUGGCCUUAUAUAUCUCCUCUUCCUUUGCAAACAGUAAAUGUGCAAUAACUCUA